AUGAUGGCAUGGAAGAAUCAGACCUUCAAGUCUGACUUUAUCCUUCUGGGAAUCUUUGAUCACAGCCCUACCCACACCACUCUCUUCUCUCUAGUCCUGGGCAUCUUCGCAGUUGCCUUUGUGGGAAAUACUACCAUGGUUCUCAUUAUCUAUCUGGACUCCAAGCUCCACACCCCCAUGUACUUUCUCCUCAGUCAACUUUCUGUCAUGGACCUCAUGCUUAUCUGCACCACAGUACCCAAGAUGGCCCUCAACUACUUAUCUGGCAGGAAAUCCAUUUCCAUGGCAGGUUGUGGAACCCAAAUAUUUUUUUAUGUGUCCCUUCUUGGAGCUGAAUGUUUCCUUUUGGCUAUCAUGGCUUAUGACCGCUAUGUUGCCAUUUGUCACCCAUUAAGAUACCCAAUUCUCAUGAGCCAGAAAAUUUAUUGUCUUACGACUGCCUCUUCCUGGAUUCUUGGCUCUUUUGAUGGUAUAAUUGAAGUUUCAGUGGCAUUUUCUUUCUCAUAUUGUGGUCCUCGGGAAAUACCCCACUUCUUCUGUGAUGUCCCUGCUCUGCUGACACUCUCAUGCACUGACACGUCAAUAUUUGAAAGGAUGAUAUUCAUUUGUUGUGUAAUCAUGCUUCUUUUUCCUGUAGCAGUCAUUGUUGCUUCCUAUACUCGUGUCCUUCUGACUGUCAUUAGCAUGGGAUCUGGGGAAGGUCGUCGGAAGGCUUUCACUACCUGUUCCUCCCAUAUCAUGGUAGUUGGAAUGUACUAUGGAGCAGCCAUGUUCAUAUAUAUGCGGCCCACUUCUGAUCGUUCGCCAACUCAGGACAAGAUUGUGUCAGCAUUCUACACCAUUCUCACACCCAUGCUGAACCCUGUCAUCUACAGUCUCCGCAACAAAGAAGUAGCCAGAGCAUUCAUGAAGUUAUUGGGGAAGGGAAACUCUGGAGAGUAA